CACCAACCAUUCAGAGAGCAGCGUGAUGCUGGGGACCUGCCUCAGGCUCUGGGUCUGUGCCCUGUGCAGUGUUUGCAGCGUGAGCAUUGUCAGAGCCUAUCCCAACGCCUCCCCACUGCUCAGCUCCAGCUGGGGUGGCCUGACCCACCUGUACACGGCCUCGGCCAGAAACAGCUACCACCUGCAGAUCCACAAGGAUGGCCAUGUGGACGGCACACCCCACCAGACCAUCUACAGCGCCCUAAUGAUCAGGUCAGAGGAUGCUGGCUUCGUGGUGAUUACAGGCGUGAUGAGCAGAAGAUACCUCUGUAUGGAUUUCAAAGGCAACAUUUUUGGAUCACACUCCUUCCACCCCGAGAGCUGCAGGUUCAGACACCGGACUCUGGAGAACGGCUAUGACGUCUACCUCUCGCCGCAGCAUCACUUCUUGGUCAGCCUGGGCCGCUCCAAGAGGCCCUUCCUGCCGGGCAUGAACCCGCCCCCCUUCUCCCAGUUCCUGUCGCGGAGGAACGACAUCCCGCUCAUUCACUUCAACACCCCCCGCCCGCGGAGACACACCCGCAGCGCCGAGGACAACGACUCGGAGCUCGACCCCCUGAACGUGCUGAAGCCGCGGCCCCGGGCCACCCCGGGCCCCGCCUCCUGCUCGCAGGAGCUCCCCAGCGCCGAGGACAACAGCCUGGUGGCCAGCGACCCUUUAGGGGUGGUCCGGGGCAACAGGGUGAACGCUCACGCCGGGAGGGCCGGCCUGGACAGGUGCCGCCCCUUCCCCAGGUAUUUCUAGAGGCCGGAAAGGAACCCUCUUCAACCAGCCUUCCAGCUACGCAAACUGUCUUUCCAGGGACCAGCUCUCUGCACAUCCAGCCUGGGGAAGGGGGGU